AUGGCCGCCUCAGGGAUUCAGAUUCCACAGAUUCAACUUCCAAGCACCUCGACUAUCAGGCCACCCACUCCAGCGCCUCAGACUCAGUCUCAGUCACAGCAGCCCCUACAGCUCCCAGCUCAGAGUCAGCCAUUCUCGACGCCCCAGCACCAGGCUCCAGCCGCCUUUACGGCGCCAGUCACCACUACUGAGCGUCUGUCGUCGUCUGUAGUGUCGUCCAAGCAGCUUGCACCGUCUUCCACAGUACCAGAGACGUCACCUACAGCGACCGAGUUCGUGCCAGCUUCGUCAGCAGGACUCGAGCAGCCAGCACAGCCAGUGAUAGCUCCCGCACCUACAGAGCAGACCCGGACUGCUUCGCCAGCUCGUGCAGCUUCAGAGGGUCACUCCACCUCCUCCGCCUCGACGGCUGACAGUUCGAACGAUGCAGCUCGCUUCAAGGCCGUGCCGCGGGACUCCACUGCUUCGCCUCCUCCACCGACUUCUUAG